CCUAAGCCCACCCUUUGGGAGACAGUCUGAGAAAACAUCACCUAGGAAACCAAGCUUCGUCAGAUUCUGCACAGACACACACACUUACAUACAUACAUAAAUGCUAACAGUCGCAUCCGAAGCUCCACAGCGGCUCUUUCAUCAUCCUGGAGUCAGAGCUGUACCUGGGACCAUGGUACAAAUUGGAACUAGCUUGACAGAGAAACUUGACAAUGAACAAGGCUUGGAUGAUGACAAAGUACCCCUCAUAUCACCUCUUGAUGUCAACCAACUGGAGCAACCUUUUCCUGACAAGCUGAUUGUAAAGACACGAACAGAGUAUCAGCUUCAGCAGAAGAAGAAAAGAAAGAUUUGUGUUCCAGGCGUAAAGAGACUGAACAUCAACCUUUAUGAUGAGGUUUCUGAGAAAGUCAAGCUGACUGGCCUGAUCCUGAUCACCAUGGUAUUCCUUGCUUGCCUUCUGAUGUUGGUGAUGUACAAAGCUUUAUGGUAUGAGCAACUCACGUGUCCUGAAGGAUUCAUUUUUAAGCACAAGCACUGCUCUCCAACAGAUUUGGAAAUGUAUUACUCACAACAAGAAACAGCACCACGGGGUGCUUUCUACACAGCCAUAACACAGGCAAAGAAGACCCUCCCGGAUCUGCCAUCUCCCUGGCUACCAGUCAUCAAUGCACUAAAAGAGGCAGAAAAGGGCAAAAGAGUGCUAGGCACAGCUCAGCAAUGAAGUUAUUAAGUGAAAGGAUAGAAGGAAGGUCAGUGAUCGUAGGACGUUCUUUGAGUAGGGACUUUUGGGAUUGAUGAGAGGGGACUUCAUUACUAAUGCACUAAUCAUCUCUAACAUCUUAUGAAAAAAAUUGAUAACGAUCAGUUUAUCAUAGUAAAUAUUGAAGUUGCAAUAAAGAAAAAACUUUCCCAAUUAACAUUUCUCCAUGUUGGGUUUUUAUUUUGCCUUUGACUUUGUUUUAGAGACAAUUUGAUUUAACAGCUGGUAUUUUAACACAUUAUGGACAAAUAAAUGAACAAGUCUAUCAAAAUGAAAAAGUCUAUCGUUUAUGCAACAGACCUAUUUUUCAUGCCUCCGAUUCUAUUAUAUUCAUGCUUUAUGCCUCAGAUUGUAAUAUUUCAUUAAAAUUUUCAACUGAAAA